AUGACGGAGAAUACAAAUCUGGGAGAACUCACAAAACAAAUAGAGGAACUAGAGACUAAUGUCGAAGAAUUGAGUAUAGAGCUAGCAGCAAAGUGUAAUGAGUGUGAAUCUUUACAAGAGUCAUGCGACCGUUACAAAAAGUAUAACGACAUCUUGGAAAAGUCAGUAGAGUUGAAGAGAGAGGAAACACUUCGUCUUCGGAAACGACUAUCCCAAAUGGGACAAACUAUCUUGGGUCGAAGUGUUGAGUCGUCGGAUCCCAAUAUUGUAAUGGAAGAAAUCGAGAAGAAGUAUAGUUCCCUUCUUGAACAGAAUAAGGCAGCAAAUAGUACACUUCAAGAGUUACAGUCUCACGAAAACGAAAUGGAAAAACUACACAAUGAACUAAGUGUGUUAACAACAUAUAAGGAGCAGAGCAGCAACUCAAGGAGAAAGACAGUACAAUCAUGUCAUUAA